CCAAAUUAAAUUUUUGUUCACAUCAAAAACGUUGUCAUAAAACUAUCGUUGAAAAUACUUAAAUAUAGCGCCUCUUAAAGGAAAGAGAGAGAAGCUAUGAUUUUAGAGUAGGAUCAUCCGAGAUAGCAUAAUUCUCCUCCCUUUUUCUCGUUGCCGAUAAUUUUAUACUGUAGUUAAGUUCUGCGAUUUGAUCAUGUAUCCUUAGACCCAUAAAUUGAAUGAGGGCUCAAGGCUAUCAAAGAAAACAGUGUGUUUUUUUUUUGCAAAAACAUUUUUCCUAAGGAGGCAAAAGGAUCAUAUAGGCAUAGGCAUAGGUCUGACAUACGCGUGCUUUGCGAUAGGAAAUGAUGGGUGUUCGAUGAUCAAGUUGAAGCAAUUGUAAUUUAAUUGCACACAGUGAUAUCGAUGCCGUCUAAAAACCAAGGGUUACGGAAUUGAAUGAUGCAUUUUAAUUUGUAACCCGGUUUCUGUACGGUAGUUUGAGUAAUAACUGAAAAAAAUUAGGAACAUCCAAAAUCGUUCCUGUGGCUUGUUUGCUACUUCGUUCUUUUACGCUAUGCAUAGUUUCAGUGAAGCAGAUUUUAUAUUUCGUUAAUUCUCACUCCAUCGUUUUAACUCGAAAGACGAAGAAUUAGCCACAUAUAAUUUCGCUCUAAUAGCGUAAUCGAAACGUGAAAUAAAUAAUUGGAACGGCAGAGUUUAAAUGAGAGUUCAAAUGCGGUAUCUCCUCAGUACUCGUGCAAACAAACACACUUCUUUACUACUAAACUAUCAAGUAGCCACAAAAGAUCAGUCUGUGCUGAAAAUCCAUUGCUGAUCGGUAGAUCAGCUAACUAAGUAAAUCAUCAUCAUCAUCAUUGUACAUACAUACAUCCCAAUGUGCUUGGAAUCCUUCGAUAGCACGCUCAUGCAGAUGUACCAAAAACUAAUUGGUUUGGAUGAUCAUGGAUGUUGACUACACCGUAGUCAACUUAAAGAGAUCUAGUAGUGCACCCAUGAUCAACAAGAUCUCUGCAACCAUGUCUAUAACAUCACCUACCACUUCAACGCCAAGGGAUGUUCCAUCGAAUUUUAACAUAUUUUCAAAUUCUCCUCGCACGCGACGCUUCAGCACUAGUAGUCCUGGAAAUGUUCCUAGGCUAACGCCACGUAUAAGUCAAUUGAGACAGGAAGAGUGUAUCGAUGUUGCUGGUCGCGAAGCAGCACACGAAAAAGAAAUACAUAGUGCCAUGCAGAUCUCCCAGUCGUGGGAGGAUCUCACUAUAGAAGCAGAGGGAUUAUCGUUUAAAGAUUCAGAAUCAGCUUCGUUACAAUUUAAGAUAGAAUCUCGACCCAUCGCUAAACGAGUUCUUGAUCCUUUGAGUAUUAACUUGUCUGUAAAUGGCCCAACAUAUUCUUCACCAUCGCCGACAAGAACUGGAUUUGGUCAGAAACAGUGUUAUUCACCUGGUGUUCACGCAGCUACGUGGAAAAACAAUUUAUCACCUAGUCCUACUAGAAAAGCUUUUGCUACAAGACGGAGUUUAAGCCCUAUUGCAAUACGACCGAGUUGUUUAGCAUCAGUUAAGAGAAAAUUUGAACUAGAUGAUUCUGGAAUGGAUCAUUUACAACCUCCCGCGAAACGUACUUCUGGUUUACUAACUUCUACUGCAUCUAGAUUGGAUGUGGCAAUAUCUAGUCUAAAUUCAGGAAUUAUUAGCGCGGCCGGAACUCCGGAAUCUUGUUCCAGCCUUGAUUCUCCUGGAUUUUCCUUUCGACCUGUCUAUAGUCCGUCACCGGGAUCAGGUGCUGCUUCAGUUAUUAACGAUGAUCCAUCGUCUUCUUCUUCAUCUUCAUCGACUUCUUCCGUUACCUCUUCUUCUGUCAUUACUUCGUCAACAGGAUCAAACGUGAAGAUGAAAGGUUUCAAUGAAAUACAACACAACGAAGCCACGCGAGAAAAUCGCGGAUAAAAGGAAGCAUAUAAACGGACUCUGAGAGGAAGAUGUCUCAUUGAAUUUAUUUUUGUGAAAGUAAAAUGGAUAAUCAUUAGGACGAACAAAAUUUAUGCAUAUUAAAUUUGCUUAUAGACCGUUUUCGUUACAUUUAACAAAUACUUGCAUUCUGGUCAUUCUUUAUUUAUUAAUUUUCGUGUUGCACAUAUUGUUCCAAUAUGUAUCAGUUACGUCGCUAGUGAUGCUUUAAUUCUCGUUGAUAUAUGCUUAUUAAAUAAUAUCACAUCAUCAAAUAAGGUUGAACAAGUAUAUGUAUGUAAUAUGAAAGCAGUUCUAAGACCAAAGCCGAGUUUAUUUAGGAAAAUACACGUGCUUCCUACCUUUUAAGACUGAAUUCUGCGUUUUCUAAAUACAUCGAAUCCGAAAGUUUUCUUCUAGAAAAGAGAUACAAAUAUAAUGUUAUUGACUUUAAA